AACUGGAGGACUUGUCCAGACAAGAGUGACUGAAGAAGAGCACAGAACAACCCAAACUCAAAUUAUUGCAUUACCAACAUUUGAUUUCCCACCUUCUUCUUCUUCUUCUUCAACUCUCCUUUCUCUCUCCUCCGCUAUAUCUUCUCCUUCUCCUGUAUCUCUCAGAUCUGAUUACUAUGGGCAUGGAAGUUAGAGAUGCGUGUACGGACAAAGAACCUGAUGGUGUCAUAAAAUACACCAGCAGUGCUUCUCCUGUUUCAAGUGACGAGGAUGCAAUAACUCAUCAUGAUGGCUUGGAAUCAAUUGAGCACAGCAAUGUGAUCCCAGAGUCCUUCUCUGUGCAUGAAGAGUUUGAUGUUAAGGAAUGUACCACAGAUAAUACAGUUGAGAUUUCUGAAGCUUAUCAAACUGGAAAGUGUGAGGAGAAGAACUGUUCCGGUAUGAUGGUUCAUAAUGACAAUUUGCAGGAAAAGGUUAAACCUCAAAGCAUGAAAGCAAAGGGCGAAAUAAGGGCCAGAGUUUCGCCAAAGAUUGCACCAAAACCAUGUAGUACGAAUGGUCGAGCAAACUGCACAGUUCCGCAGCCAUUUGCUCUGGCAACUGAAAAGCGAGCAUCAACCCGUCCUCUAGAGGCUGAAACUGAUGCAAAUAAAGUGUCACUGAAAGCAAAGACUAUACAGCCGCCUAACGGUGGCAAGAAAGUUCAGAUUUCAAUGUCUAUAUCAAGGAAGUCGCUGCAAUCAGACAACAAAAAGAAUACUGACGAGGAAGAUUCAAAUUCUGGUGUUUCUGAUGCUGCACCUUCUAUGAGGGCUUCUAGGGUUAAGACAACAGUAGCAUCAGCUCCAGUGUUUAGGUCAUCUGAACGUGCAGAGAAGCGAAGAGAGUAUUAUUCCAAACUAGAGGAAAAACAUCAAGCACUGGAGGCAGAGAAACUUCAAAGUGAAGCAAGGACAAAGGAAGAGAUAGAAGCAACUAUAAAGCAACUGCGGAAGAAUUUGAUGUUCAAGGCCACUCCGAUGCCAAACUUCUAUCACGACGAACCACCUCCUAAGCUUGACCUGAAGAAGGCACGUCCAACUCGUCCAAAAUCACCAAAUCUUGGAAGAAGGAAGAGCUACAGUGAUGCUCUGGGGUUCUCUCAUAAAGUCAAGGGAAAGAAAAUCUCCAACAAGGGAAAUCGACUUAGUCUUGGCAUGCAAAAGAUAAGCCCUAGUAUAUCAGAGAUCGAGUCUGAGAUAUGUGAAGACAAUGAACAAAUGGGACAAGAGGAACAGAAGCCGGUCAUGAAUGGAACCAUAUCAAGCUCUAUGGGUGUUGAGCAUAAUUUGGAGAUCAUGAGCCACAUACAAUCAAAAUCCUUAUGCUCAUUAUCAUCCCCAACUCGAUUAUCACCACCUACUCAUCAACACAUUGCUCAUCUCAUUCUUGAACAAAAAUCCCAUUCCCAAGCUAUCCAAACCUUUAAAUGGGCUUCCAAACUUCCCAAUUUCACCCAUAACCAAUCUACUUAUCGAGCUUUGGUUCACAAGCUCUGUGCUUUUCGUCGCUUUGAUGGCGUACACCAACUGCUUGAUGAAAUUCCAAGCUCACUUGGUUCACCACCAGAUGAAGAUAUCUUUGUCACGAUUGUUCGAGGCCUAGGACGAGCUAAAAGGAUCCGAGAAGUUAUUAAAGUGCUUGAUUUGGUGCAUAGGUUUGGCGUGGUCCCUUCUUUGAAAGUAUACAAUGCAAUUCUUGAUGUAUUAGUUAAGGAAGAUAUUGAUAUUGCUAGGGGGUUCUUUAGGAAGAAGAUGAUGGAGUGUGGUGUUCAGGGUGAUCAUUAUACUUUUGGGACCUUGAUGAAAGGGCUAUGCUUAACUAAUCGUAUAGGAGAUGGGUUUAAGCUCUUGCAGCUCAUGAAGACUCGUGGAUUAACACCAAACACAGUGGUUUAUAACACAUUGCUUCAUUCCCUCUGUAAGAAUGGGAAGGUUGGUAGAGCUAGGAGUUUGUUGAAUGAGAUGAUUGAACCUAAUGAUGUCACCUUUAAUCUUUUGAUAUCAGCAUACUGUAAAGAACAAAAUCUUGUUCAAGCGCUGGUGCUUCUGGAGAAGAACCUUGCAUUAGGGCAUGUUCCUGAUGUUGUGACGACAACCAAGGUGAUUGAAUUACUAUGCAAUGUUGGCCGCGCAACUGAAGCUGCUGAGAUCGUGGAAAGGGUUGAAAGGAAUGGGGGUAUACUUGACGUUGUGGCUUAUAAUACUUUGAUUAAAGGAUUCUGUAGUUUAGGGAAGGUCAAAGUUGGGUUGCAUUUUAAGAAAGACAUGGAGAUUAAAGGGUUUCUCCCUAAUGUUGAGACAUACAACAUUUUAAUUGCUGGGUUCUGUGAGAUUAAUUUGUUUGCUGCAGCCCUUGAUUUGUUCAAUGAGAUGAAAAUGGCUGCAAUAAGUUAUAAUUUUCUCACAUUUGAUACCUUAAUUAGAGGGUUAUGUUCCAAAGGCCAUGUAGAAGGCGGAUUUAAGAUUUUGGAGCUCAUGGAGGACUUGAAAGGUGGUAGUGAGGGUCAUAUUAGUCCUUACAACAGUAUCAUAUAUGGAUUAUACCGUGAAAAUCGGUGGAAUGAAGCCCUUGACUUUAUAAACAAGAUGGUAAAAUUGUUUCCAAGGGCAGUUGAAAGGACCUUGAGGAUUCUAGGUUUAUGUGAACAGGGCAACAUAGGAGCUGCGAAUGAAGUCUAUCAACAGAUGCUUCAUGAAGGUGGAAUUCCAAAUGCUCUUGUUUACUCUAGCUUAAUAUGGGGAUUCUGCGAACAUAAGCAUGUACGUGAAGCAUUUCAGCUUAUGAAUGAAAUGGUUGGGCAUGGCUACUUUCCUGUUACAUCAACCUACAAUGUUGUUAUCAGUGGAUUUUGCUGUCAAGGAAAAACUGCGAGUGCUCUAAAGCUUAUGGAGGAGAUGGAUGAGAGAGGCUGCUUGCUAGACAAAGGAUCUUACAACCCUUUGAUACUUGCUUAUUGCAGUAAAAGCGAUCUGCAGAAAGCAUUAAAGAUUUUGCAUCAAAUGGUUGGUAAAGCAACGUUGCAAGUUGAAGUGGAUGGCUUCUCCAAUUCAUUUUCGAUAGAGCCAUUGGACGAUAUUCGAAAAAAACAGCUUUUUAACAAUCUUUCAUGCUCAGUAUUAUUGAGGAGAAACAAUAACGUUGGAGGUAGAGAAUUCAAAGUGAAGCAGGACAAAGAAGGCACCACCAACUCGUCGAAAAUAAGUCAAAAGAGCUGCAGUUACGUUUUCAGCUUAUUGCAAGAAGCCACUGUUGAGGGGAAUGCUGUCUGGUUCGAGACCAGGCCUCAUCUAUACAUACCAAGGAUUAUCCCGAUCCCGGACCGGAUCCCGGACCAGGCUUCAUUCCCCCCAACAUAUUACAUUUUCGUUCAUCAGAAUUUUGGAUGCAUGCUCUGCAAUCUUUCUCUCUCCUCCGUCCUCCCUCCCUCCAUCGCUGGAAAAGGUGCGCACAGAAGAGAGAGAAAGAAAGAUAUGGUAUUGUCACAGAAGAUUCACGAAGCAUUCAAGGGCACGGUUGAGAGGAUAACUGGGCCCCGCACUGUUACCGCUUUCAAAGAGAAAGGCGUUCUCAGUGUCUCCGAAUUCAUCCUCGCCGGAGAUAAUCUCGUCUCCAAAUGCCCUACCUGGUCCUGGGAAUCCGGUGAGCCCAGUAAAAGGAAAUCUUACUUACCGCUUGAAAAACAAUUCUUAAUUACGAGAAAUGUUCCUUGUCUUCGGCGCGCUGCAUCUGUAGAGGAAGAAUAUGAAGCUGCCGGGGGUGAAAUUCUGGUUGAUGAUGAGGAUAAUGAUGGCUGGUUGGCUACUCAUGGAAGACCAAAAGAACCUAAGCUUGACGAGGAGGAAAACUUGCCCUCAAUGGAGUCAUUAGAAAUCACAGAAAAUAAACCAAUACAGUCUAUAUCCUCAUAUUUUGGAGGUGAAGAGGACGAUGAUAUACCUGACAUGACAGAGUAUGAUGGGCAAGACAAUGUAAUUGAAGAAGAUCCUGCGACUCUUCAGACCACAUAUCUAGUUGCUCAAGAACCUGAUGAUGAAAAUAUACUACGAACGCGUACAUAUGAUGUCAGCAUAACGUAUGACAAAUAUUAUCAAACUCCUCGUGUAUGGCUAACUGGAUACGAUGAGUCAAGGAUGCUUUUGCAACCAGAGCUUGUGCUUGAAGAUGUUAGUCAAGAUCAUGCUCGCAAAACGGUUACUAUAGAAGAUCAUCCUCAUUUGCCUGGAAAGCAUGCUUCUGUGCAUCCGUGCAAACAUGGUGCAGUGAUGAAGAAAAUUAUUGAUGUUCUAAUGUCACGGGGAGUUGAGCCAGAAGUUGACAAGUACCUCUUCUUAUUCUUAAAAUUUAUGGCAUCAGUAAUUCCUACUAUUGAAUACGAUUACACCAUGGAUUUCGACAUGGGAAGCAGCAGUUGAUCACAGGUUACUGAUGAGUAAUAAUCGAUGAUCAUCCUGAGGUCGGGGAAACCCCGCUCUUGUGUACAUGCAACUGAAGAAGUACUACUGCUAUAUACUAAUGCUCUUUAAUCUAAGUUUGCUAUUGUUUGGCUGUACAGUUAAACUCGAUUUCUUUGUGACAGUUCAAUUAUUGUGUUUCAGUAUUGUUAUUGGAGAAUGUAUUAUGUGCUCCCUUCCCUACCAAAAAUAACUCAACCUCUCAGUAAAAAAAGUCUUUGGGAACGUUGAUCAUGAACCACGUGAACAUAUUUUUCUAUGAAUAUUAUUUGUGGACAAAGAAAACAUAUGUUCUCCAACUCUUGGAGCUUUAGUGAUCAA